GGUAUACAUUCGCAGCAAAAGAAGUAUCAAUAUAUCACCUAUAGAGAGAGGUUUAGAAGAUAGAAUAUAGUACUUACUAUAGCUAGAUUAAUUAGUUUAAGGUAUCAUCAACUAUGAGAGAUAAUAAUAAUAGUAUUAUUGGGUCACAUGGGGGAAAGAUUAGUGAGAGUGUUACGAAGAUGAAGCCAUAUUUGGCUAUGAUUUCUCUGCAGUUUGGCUACGCAGGGAUGUAUAUUAUAAGCAUGGUCUCCUUCAAGCAUGGCAUGAGUCACUUCGUCUUGUCUGUAUACCGUCACGUUGUUGCUUUUCUAAUCAUAGCUCCCUUUGCCUUUGUGCUUGAAAGGAAAGUAAGGCCAAAGAUGACUCUUCCGAUCUUCCUACGCAUAGCGCUGCUUGGUUUCUUAGAGCCCGUGUUUGAUCAAAACUUGUACAAUUUGGGAAUGAAGUACACCUCUGCAACAUUUGCAUCCGCUAUUGUGAACAUUUUACCUGCUAUUACCUUCAUAUUGGCUUUCGCCUUCAGGUUAGAGACAGUGAAUGUGAAAAAGUGGCAUAGCCUUGCAAAGGUGAUAGGGACAGCAAUUACAGUUUCAGGAGCAAUGGUGAUGACACUGUACAAAGGUCCCAUCCUAGACAUCAUACACAGCCAUUCCUCGAGCGGACAACAGAGCUCCAGCGCCGAGUCCGGGGACCACCACUGGGUCCUCGGAACCCUCAUGCUUGUUGGGAGCUGCGGUGGAUGGGCCACCUUCUUCAUUUUACAAUCAUUUACGUUGAAGCUAUAUCCGGCGGAGCUGUCUCUCACAGCCUGGAUAUGCUUGAUGGGUGUGUUGGAAGGUGGCAUUGUCACUUUUGUGUUCGAACAUGACAUGCAUGUUUGGGUUCUUGGCUGGGAUUCCAGACUUCUUGCUGCUGUCUACUCUGGUGUUGUGUGCUCUGGAAUUGCAUAUUAUGUGCAAGGAAUGGUGAUAAGAGAAAGAGGCCCCGUUUUUGUGACAUCAUUCAGUCCUCUGUGCAUGAUCAUAACCUUCGCUCUUGGUGCCAUUGUAUUGGCUGAACAAGUCCACCUUGGAAGUAUAAUUGGAGCCAUAUUCAUAGUGAUGGGACUCUACACUGUGGUUUGGGGCAAAAGCAAAGAUCCAAUAGAACCAUCGGCACCAUCCAAAAAUAUUGAUCAAUUGCCAAUCACAGACACCAUUAGACCAAUUAGUGUUGUUAGUGUUACUUCUAACAAUAUUGGAGGAGGACCACUAGAGAUGUCCAAGAUUUCUACGUCUUCUCAGCAGAGUUCAUAAAUAUAUACAUGAUAUUAUAUUUAACAUUUGGGGCUAGCUACGUACGUAGUUAUAUACAUAUCUUAGUUAUAGAGCAAAAGAUUACGUACGUACAUCUCCUAGAGGAGAUCGUAAUCUGAAUAUAAAUGGAACUUGUUCCUUCCUUUUUCAUCUUUUAUUUAGCUGUUUCUCAAUUCUUCUUCCCCAUAAAUGUAACUUGAGAGUAAUUACAAAUUAUAAUGGCUUGCUCCUACAUCCAUUUUCUCUUUAAAUUUGUGAUAUAUGUCAUUAUAUUUUAUUGGUUCUAAGUUAUAUUAAA